CCCAAUGUUUGAUGCCACCUCAGUGAAGGUUCAACCUCAGACGCUAAGCUACCACUAUCCAGAUAUUGUGAUAAUAACGUGUGCCAAGGGAUACCUCUUCGGGGGAGGAUAUGCAGGGAAGACAAAUAUUACCAUGAGUUGUCAGAGUGACGGGACUUGGGAUGUCCAGAACUUACCAUUCUGCGAACGUGCCUAUUGUGGCUUUGCACCCUCUGUUGCCAAUGGUUACAUAGAGCAUGGAGAUGGUGUGCAGGGAGGCGACUCUGUAAUGUACAGAUGUGAUCCUGGUUUCUCAUUGGUUGGCAAUAGCAACAUCACUUGCCUGAGUGAGGGGAAAUGGAGUGAUACACCAAGUUGUGAGGCACCAACAUGUGAACGUCUGUCUACCCUAGUACCAGGGGCCAAUAUUACCCUUGUUAGAGGAGAUGGGUUGAGACAUGGGUCAGUUGCUAUGGUUAAAUGUCCACAGUACCAAGAGAUCAUUGGUCCAGAGACCAUGUUUUGUGACCAGGGAACGUGGAAUACCUCUGUGCCCAGUUGUAGACCCAAGCCUUGUGCAGUGCCCAGGAUUGUGAAUUCAGACCUGAACUACACUGGUGUGGUCAACAUGAGCAUGGCCAUCAAUGUGCAAUGUCAUCUAGGAUAUGGACUGGUCAGUAGCGCUUCCUCGGGGACAUUUAGGUGCGGAGUUGACACACCUCUUGUUUGCUCCAAUAUAAAUGAAUGUACGCGAAGAACCCACAACUGUACGAAUGCCACAUGUUCCGAUACAGAUGGCAGUUACUCAUGUACUUGCUUGGCAGGCUACAUUCCAGUCAGUGGUAGCCAAACACAUUGUCAAGAUGUUGAUGAAUGUGCCACCACCAAUGGCUUGUGUGACCACAACUGUACAAACCAGCCUGGCUCAUACCAGUGCACGUGCAGCGCAGGCUAUCUGUUGUACACGUCCAGGAACUUCAAUGGUUUCCAGUUGCUACCCACAGAGGACGGGACUAAAGCCUGGCACACGUUCCAUAUUAACCAUUCCUGUGUCCCAAGACAAUGCAAUGCCAGUCAAGUGCUUGCCAUCAGAGAGGGUAAGGCCAUGACCUCCCAGACCUUUUUCUACUACCAAGACAGGGUGGAAUACAUUUGCAACGUGGGAUAUUUCGUCCAGGGCACCAAUGACAGUCUGGGGAACGCCACCUGUGGCGCUGAUGGACAAUGGAGCAAAAGGCCAAUAUGUGAAGAUGCAUUUUGUGUCGAAACUCAUGGCCCAAAUGUGACGCCAGUUGGCUCGAUCCCAUAUGGCAUGAUGUACACAUUGAGAUGCAUCCUGCCAAACAAUGCCAUCAUCCAACUGCAGCGUAUCUGUGGCUAUGACAAGCAGACAGGCACCUUUAAGACAACUGGGGAUGAGCUGGUUUGUCCAGAGGUUGAAUGUGGACCUAUUCCGAUACCAACUGGAAUGAAGGCCAACUUUGCGCCAACCUGCAAUAAGUAUAACUGCACGGUGAUAUUUGAGUGUGAGCCAUAUUACGAACGUAAAGGACGUAGCGCUCUCAGUAAUGGGAAUCCAUUUGUGAUCUGCAACGCAGACGGUUAUUGGGACUUUGGUACCCUAUUUUGUCAAGGAGGACAGUGCGGUCAACCAGUUACUCCGUACAAUGGCUACACACAACUAUCGUCUUGGAGACACGAUGUGACCACUGUCCAAACCACAGAGAUUGGAGCUGUGGCAACAUUCCACUGCAAGACCCUUGGUUACGAGCCAAUGCCGGUCUACAACACAACCUGCAUCCAAAAUAGCAUCACAGGUCAAGCCAUCUGGAGCUAUGAGAGCCCAGUCACAUGUGUUGACAAACAACCACCCGUAUUUUCAUCUUGUCCGUCCAAAGUGCAAGUCGGUUUGCUGCAGCCAAUGAACUUCGCUCCACCAAGUGUUAUUGAUAACACAGCAGUGAAAUCCAUCUAUUCUACUCCACUGAAUGUUCAAACUGGGACAGUCGCAGGGGAGGAUACCUACAUAUAUUUUCAUGCUGAAGACUACACUGGACUAACCGCAACCUGCACGUUUCCUAUCACACUACUUGACAUCGCACCACCAAAAGUGAUUUGCCGAACACCACCAGUUAUAACAGCUCAAGUGAAUGGCAGCAAUAUCAACCCAAAUAUAUAUUUCACAAUCUCUAGAGAGCCAGGACAGAUAUUUACCAACUUCUCUAAUCCUGCAGUGAUAGGCACAAACUUCGCGUCCAUUGGGACUAACCCUAUCCUCAGCUUCACAGCAACUGAUGGCAGUGGAAACCAUGCAUCUUGUCGCACCCAGAUGAAGAUUGAAGCUCCCAAGUGCACAAUUGGUACGCUAGAAGUGCGCAAUGGUGAUGUUUCCUGUGUCUUUACUGACAUUGGUCUCAACUGCACGUCCAGUUGCCAUGACGGCUACAGUUUCUAUGAAAACCCAUCCUUGAGUGAGAUCAGAAUCACAUGCAGUUCUGGUGGGGAGUGGAACAGGGCUGUACCUGUGUGCACAGUGAUGCAUGACCAUUAUGCCAGGACAACACUGUCGUUGUUCUUCAGCCUUCAGGGGAUCUUGGUGGACCAGAGUUGCACAGCAACGUACCAAACCCAGGCGAGCAACACGCUUGUGGGACUAGAAGUUGAGUUCAAGAAACUCUGCUCUAAUGCCUUGAAUGGCCUAGACCUUGAUAUUGUUUCCCCUGCAGAUGCCCCGGUGGUGGCCAGUCUUGAUCCUUCUUCAUUGGCAGUGAACAUGACAUUUGACAUAAGGAAUCCUGGCUUGUCAGACAGUAUAUAUCAGUCAUGCUUCAAUGAGAUGCGAAAUGCACUCAACAACAAGACCCCAAAUACUUCUACAAUUCACCAGCUUCAAGGUCGCUCAGGGUGCAUGACCUUGACCUUGACCUCUGGAAACACCACUGACAAACGGUCAUUUGUUUGCUCAGGUCAAGAAACUGCUGUUCAUUUUAACAGCACAAUGCAUGUUUGCAUGGUGUGUCCGCCAGGCACAUACAGUUCCAAUCAAAACUGUAUGCCAUGUUCUGAGGGUACAUACAACGAUCAGUUUUCGAGAUCACAAUGUGUUGGCUGUCCUCCUGAGGCAAAUAGCAAGACCAUUGGAGCUUCCAGUGUGAAAGGUUGCUAUGAGGAUUGUGGGAUGCGUCUCUACAGUCUAUCAGGGAAGCCGCCCUGCUCGGAGUGCCCUGUAAACACUUACUGGAACAGCAGCACCACCUGUCUACCCUGUCCUGCAGGCACUUACACAGACACCAGUGGGGCAUACCUUGUGUCAGAGUGCAGAAAGUUAUGUCCCCCUGGUUCCUACUCCCAUACUGGGCUAGAACCCUGCACACCAUGUCCUCGUAACUUCUACCAGAGUUCCCCAGGCAGUAAGACAUGCACUGAAUGUCCCUCCGAAUUAGUAACCACCAGGGAAAAUGGGACUAGCACAACAGAUUGCGUGGACGGAGCCUCAACUCUCUGCUCAAACUCACGAUGUGCAAAUAAUGGCCAAUGUUCUGUCAUUAGACAUGCCUACUACUGCAACUGCACAGUCGGUUUCACCGGUCGCAAUUGUGAAAAUGAGUUAUCUCCAUGUGUCUCCUCACCCUGUCUGAAUGGAGCCAUGUGUACAAAACUGAAUGCAACUGCGUAUAAGUGCACCUGCAAAGAUGGGUAUUCUGGAGACCAUUGUGAGAACAACAGAGUUGACUGUGCAGCCGACUCCUGCGUCAACAACGGGACCUGCAUAGAUGGGGACAAUGGCCACAUAUGUGCCUGUUCUUCACACAAUGGCUUCUAUGGCCCUGUUUGCAACCUCAACCAGAACCCGUGUCUGAGGUUCCCAUGUAACAACAGUGGGGUGUGUAAGGCCAUGGGCUCAUACCAUCGUGUGUGUUAUUGCCCGGCGGGCUUCUCGGGUCAUGACUGCCAGAUCAAUCUAAAUGAGUGUGCAGCAAGCCCAUGCAUGAAUGGAGCCAGGUGCCAGGAUGGGGACAAUCGUGCCAUCUGUGUCUGUCCGGCAGGCUUCAGGGGACACUACUGUGAGCAGCGGGACAGUGCCGACAUCUGCACCAGCUCUGUGUGCAACCCAGCAAAGUCCUGUAUAGAUAACUAUGUGGCAGAUACCCAUUACUGUGUCUGUCCUGAUGGGUGGUAUUUUGACUAUACCUCUGGUGUGUGUGGGAGUUUUGACAAAGAUAUCUACUGCCCACCAAGCCAGUGCACAAACGGGGGAGAGUGCACCACCUACGAUGGUGGGUACCACGUGUUGUGUCGGUGUGGCGCAGGCUAUGGGGGACCACAGUGCCAGCAGGACGUCAAUGAGUGCCUCUACCAGCCUUGUCGUAACAAUGGGACGUGCACUAAUCUUGUCAACAACUACACUUGUGCCUGUCCACUAGCAGCAGCCAAUGGUACCAACUGUAUUGACAGUGUAAAUGGCUGUCAAAACUGUGUGGUGUCCAACACUAAGAACUGCUCAGACUAUCUAGAUGGAUAUGUUUGUCACUGCAAAGAUGACUUCAGGGGAAACAACUGUCAGGAAGUCAUUCCCACAUGUGAGUGGUUGCCAUGCCAACAUGGUGGCACCUGCACCAAUCCCACGUCCCCUGGUGAACACGUGUGCACAUGUGCCAUGCCAUGGACCGGUAGAAACUGUGAGACAGAGAUCGACAACUGUAAGGCGGGAAGCUGUCUCAAUGGCGCUACUUGUGAGAGUACCAGCAAUGGCUUCAUUUGUCUGUGUCCGUUGGGGUAUAUUGGUGUACGCUGUGAAAUCACAUAUGACUUGUGUGACCGUGCAAGGCUAUGUGUCGGUGCCAAUAACACCUGUAAGCAGGUGAACCAAGAAAGUGUGAUAUGCAUCUGUCAGGAUGAAUACACUGGAGAAAGCUGUGAGUCUCUUCUGUGGUACUGCAAAGACACCACGUGUAAGAAUGGGGGACAGUGCUCUGUCGUCAAUGGUUACGAAGUUGUCUGCUCCUGCCUAGAUGGUUAUUCGGGACCAUAUUGUGAGACUAACAUUGAUGAAUGUUCCAGUCAACGAUGUCCUCCUAACUCUGUGUGUGUUGAUGGACUGAAUUCUGCUACUUGUGUUUGCAGAAAUGGCAAGAUUGGUGAAAACUGUGACAAGGAUGUUACUAGCAGUUUUGAUAUCAUCAUCAACCCCAAUGUCGGAGUAUGUGACCAGGAUGUUAAGCUCACCAGUUUCCUAUCAAACAGCACUACAGCCUUCACCUUGGCCUUCUGGGUCCGCCUCACCACCCUCAACAGCCCAGGAGCCAUUGUGACUGUGUAUGGCAUGCCAAAUAGGCUGACUGGAGACACAUCAAACUGGCAGCAUAAAUUGUCUGUAACAUCGACACACGUGAACUUCAAUAUCAGCACAGCAGGGUUUAAAGGUUCAACCUCUGUACCAAUACUCAACAAUGUCUUACACAAUGGACUCUGGCAUCAUGUGACAGUAACUUGGAGCAACGCGCAGGGAUUUAUUAUCCUCUACGUUGAUGGCAUAUACAACAACCAGGGUCAGUUUGCCAAGGGCAAAGCAAUAUCAUUAUUAGGCCUGCUGUACUUGGGGAGCCAUUUAUCAGAACUGAACAAGUUUGAGGGCCGUUUGAGCCAGCUUAAGGCAUACUACACGCAGCUGGAUGAUGCAAAUGUGCUUGCCAUUUACCAGGGUUCACAGGCAGCUACUAGCCGCAUCAGUCUAUCUGAGGUAUCCAUGACAACCAUGUACACUGUGGACUAUGCUAGCCAGCUGACCAACAAUUUUUGCAGGACCAGUUCCAACUGUCUAGAUAGAGCAUUUAAUGAAACUUCAUUCCCAAGGGUGGUAUCAUGUACAGAGGACACCCUUGUCGUCACCCCGCGGGUCUCCUCCCCCAAGUGGACACAGGCUACAUUCUCAGGGACCAGUGCAGCAACGCGACUGAGCACACAUAUCUCGGGAAAGAGCCAGUUUGUUUGGGGCCUAUACAGUAUAGGGACUGUUGAGCAUACCUCAGACAAGAUGGCAGCAGCUGUAUGCACUUUCAGACUCUACAAUAGACGUCGAGGUUGCACUCCACCACUGUUUUACAACGGCAACGCCCCACAGUGCACAGGGCAAUUGGAGGAUGGUUAUGUGUGCAAGCCUGCAUGCACCUUGAGCGCUCAGGUUCCAACCAUCGAGACUCCCAAGUACUUCACAUGCGGGAAGUACGCCAUGUGGGAUGAUGCCGACAGAGUUGCGGACUUCAUGAUUCCAACAUGUGGCACUGCACAGAGCCCGCAACAUACGGUGUCAGUGACAAUGGAAUAUGUAACGACGUCUAAAUGUGCUGCCUACAAGCCCACUCUGAUAACUUGGGUACAGAAGUCGUUAACAGACCUAAAUGUUGCGACAAACUACGGCUUAUGUAAAGUGUCUAAUGGUGGAAGUGAUGCAUUAUGUUCCGGCGCUGGCCUUGCGGUUGACUGCAUGUCAGACAACAUGGUCUCAGUUCAGUUUAGCUUGAAGUACUUGAGUGGUCAAGUGACAUAUGGAGGGCUCCCAAUGAGUCCACAAAAAGUUCUUAAAAUAGCAAUGAGGGAUCAAGCAACAUUCACGUAUCUCUCGAAUGCUAUUCCCUUCUUCCCUAGUCUGAAUAUUUCCACAUCACUGAUGUGUUCGACUGGACAUCAGCUCAUUGGAGACAAAUGUGUUCUAUGCGGGGAUGGAUACUACUACAACUCUGGGACAUCGAAGUGUUUGGGGUGUAAUGUAGGCCAAUAUAGGACUGUGCAGGUUUACACAAACCCCCUGUCAUCCUGCGAGAACUGCUCUGGAAGUGGAACCACAGAUAACACUGGAACACCUGCAAGCACCUACUGCCAUUACAAAUGUUACCUGGGCCAGUUCUACAACUCGACGAUCAGCAAGUGUAUGUCAUGUGACUACGGCGAGUACAGCGAUUCUAUUGGUGCGUCCAUCUGCUCACCCUGUGGCAUGGACAAAACAACCAAUAAGACUGGGUCCAUCUAUUCUAACAGUUGUAUUGCAAUAGUCACUCCCACGCAAGGACCAAUCUUGGAGCCAGCUGCCCAAGACGUGACACUUUCAAGUAAUGGAACAAAUGGAGCCACUGUGUUCCAGGGAAAUGCGCUUACCUUAACGUGUGCAGUCUCACAGAAUGUGGUGGCCGUCUACUGGCAUAAAACAGAAAGCACAAACUCGUCGUUUGAGAGAUUAAUAACAGGGACCGGAUUUCUUACUAAUGGGUCAUGCGGUAAUGACCCGGCACCUCCUGCAGGCAUCACCUGUGCAUGUGUCAGUACCUCCUAUUAUGUGUGCACAAUACAGUCAAUUACCACUGAGGAUCAUGGGGACAUUUGGAGAUGUCGAGUCUUUGGUUCACCAAAGUAUAGCAGCAACUUAACUAUCAUUGUUAAUGGUCCACCACAGGCCCCACAUCAUGUCCAGGUACUCAAUGUGAACUCAAAUUCUGCUGAGGUAUCCUGGUUGCCCGGUUUCCAUGGUGGUUAUCCACAAACAUUUGUUAUACAGACCAGCACGGACAGAGUAAACUGGAGGAAUGCCUCAUUGAUUGAUGGUGAAAUGCACAGCGAUGAGUCUCCAUUCAACAAAACUCUCUCAGGACUGGAAACAGAGACACUGUACUGGAUAAGGCUGUUUUCGUUCAAUAUUGAAGGGAAAAGUGACUAUUCGGUAGCAAAUAACGUGACUACUGCAAAAGCGCCAUAUCAAAUAUCGUCCACAAGCAGUUCCAAAGCUGGGGUGAUUGCCGGAAGUAUUGUGGGAGGACUAGUUGGACUACUUGUCGUUGUUACGACUUUGGUUGCACUCAGAAAAUACGAACUCAUAUUUAAUUGUAAAUGCGUUCGUAAGCAGGUGGAAUACUCCCUUGGAAAUCGGAAUGAUAUACGACGCGACCAACCUGACAUCAACUCUAGGGGUAAUGACAAUGAACUGGGGACAAAUCCGUACGAUAGUUUAGAUGCUUAUCAGAGCAGCGAGCAUGUGUACUCCGAACUAUGACGUCAGGCCGGAAAAAGAAAAACACGUCCGUAUGAAACCGCUGUACAUCUAGAUUCAGGAAACGCUGUGUAUGUGAAUACAACGCUUGAAAAUGCUUAACAGGCAAUCCACGCAUGGUCUAAUGGUGGACUUGUCGCGUUUUUGAAGCAUUGGUGUUAUUUGUUUGUUAUAUCUACAUUACAAUUAGUUUAUUCUAUUUUAUUCUAUACAUUUAUUAUAACGAUUCUUCUUUACAUAAUAAAGACAUACAAGCGGCAUAUCGACGACCAUUUGGGGAUUAGUUUUAACUUUUAAAGCAAAUGAUUAAUUUUAAUUAAUAAGUAUGCAUUGAAUGAUUGACAUAUCGAUCUCAUUAAUAUAAACACAUUAAAUAUUGCUUUGUUUUAAAUUCAUAACUUUAAACAAUCUCUACGUGGACAUCUCUCAUGCCACUGGAAGAUCAAUAGCCACAGUAAGUGUCGCUAUUGAUAAGUGUCUUGUUCUGAGAAAACUGGGCUUAAUUCAUAUGCGUAACGUGUCGUCCCAGAUUAACCUGUGCAGUCCGCACAGGCUAAUCAGGGACGACACUUUCCGCUUUAAUGGUAUUUUUAGUUUCAAGGAAGUCCCUCCUUACCGAAAAUCAAAUUUAGGCGGAAAGUGUCGUCCUUGAUUAGCCUGCGCGGACUACACAGACUAAUCUGAGACGACACUUAACGCACAUGAAUUAAGCCCAGUUUUAUCAGAACAAGACACAUAAGGGUUCUGCAGUUUUAGGAAAUUCUUGAUCAAGUGCGCAUUAAAAACUGUAGCAAACAGGCUUGCGCAUUGUAAAAUAUGUUCCCCAAUAAUGUGUACGUAUGUGUCUUGUUGAUCCUUGAUAAGUAAGUACGGGAUAACUUGUAAAUAAAAAAGCCAGCUUAUAUUCCGUAAUAAAUGUAUCAUUUGAAUAAUUAUGUACUUUGUUUAUUUCAUAAUACUUAAUAUUUAUUUAAUGGAGUUUUAAAUUUUAUUUUGAAUGUAUAAUGAUGAACUGUGAAAUUAUCGUUGUGAAUGCUUGUGUUCAUUUUGAGAUUCAAACAAAUAGAAAGUAUGUACUUAUAAACCAAAACACGCAUGCUACUAAAAAUAAUGUCGUUUGGCUAGUUAAAAUUGGCCAAAGAUCUCUUGUACCAGUUGUUUUGUUUUUUUUUAAUUAAAUCUCACAUUAAAUAAUAAAUAAGAUAUUUUAUAUUUAAUAUCUUUAUAUAUUUAUAAUAAAUUUGAUACAUUGAAAAAUAAUAUAUUUAAAAUAUAGUUUAAAUACAUGUGUUUAUAUAAAUUAUGUUUAAUGUUUAAUAUAUACAUGUCAAAUUGAAUAAAUGCAAUGAAGUUUCAUUAUUUAAUCAUAUAAUUAGAUUAUAGAUCAUUUCGUUCUCCUAUUAUAAUAUUCUAUGUACCCAUCUAGCAUAUUGUAUAUAGGCCUUAUUAAUUAAUUCCAUAAUCGACCAUACUUCAUUUUGUCUUACUUUUGUUAUAUUAUAUAUACCCAUCAAUACAUUUGUUGAUAUUGUACAGGCAGACAGUAAGGGUAUAAUAUACUCCACACGUGACCAUUAAAACAGAAGCGGUUAAUGUGUUCCGAAUUAUCCGUGUAAAUCAAGGCGUUCAACGUUGUUUUUUGCCGACCCUAAACAGUUUAAGUAUUUCAGACUCGAUAAUCGAUCAUGAUUGCUAAAUUCAAUCAAAUUCACUGUAUUCAUUUAACAUGUUGCGAUCAUUUUCGUAGCAUUUGAUAAUAUUCGCGAAAUUAAGUUGAAAUCCCAUAGGUACUAGGUAAAGAAUGUUAAAUAGAGAUUCGGGAGAGUUAUACAUGUUCUUGUAUAUGCUUUACGAUAGACAAGUUCAGCUUAUCUACCUUCCUUAUUUGUUGGGAGUUUAUAGUGGAAACCAAUAUCUUUUCUUGGUAAAAUAAUCAGAAGCGCUGAAUGAUUUUUAAAAUGUAUAUAACACAUGUAUUUUGAUGAGCGUUUUAUAUUCUACGCAUUGUCCACGUCGAAAAGUACUGUCAGCCUCACGUCCUGGCAUCCGUAGUCGCUACUUUCCUUAUGUUGUUAUUAUGUAUUCAAAUGCUUAUAUAAUAAACCUCGGGCUGUUAACCAA